GCUGGAAGACUGCAGUCAAACACUGGAGCUGAAUGUCAACAUUAAAGAUAAAGAAGAGGAGGAGAAGAUUAGGACAACUGUUAGUCAUGAUCAAUUUGUAGGAACAUCUCAAGGAUGAUCAAUGGAAACAGUUUGGGGUCACUUAACACCAGUCUCAACGUCAACAGCGAAGAGGCGACUCCGGGAUGCUGGCCUUCUAGGCAGAGUUGCAAAGGCCAGUUUUAUUGCUUCUUUAGUCAGAACCAUAGUUUUUAGCUUUACUAACAUACAUUUAGAAAGGUUUUCCAAUGAUGAAUUAGCCUUUUAAAAUGAUCAACUUGGAUUAGCUAACACAACAUGUCAUUGGAUCACAGGAGUGAUGGUUGCUGAUAAUGGGCCUCUGUACGCCUAUGUAGAUAUUCCAUAAAAUAUCUGCCGUUUCCAGCUACAAUAGUCAUUUACAACAAUAACAAUGUCUACACUGUAUUUCUGAUCAAUUUGAUGUUAUUUUAAUUGACAAACAAUGUGCUUUUCUUUCAAAACAAGGACAUUUCUAAGUAACUCCAAACUUUUGAAUUUAUUAAUUUAUUUCACCACUAAUGGUAGUGUAUUUAUUUUAAUUUUAUUUUUUAACCUUUAUUUUAUGUCUAAACCUGUUUUCACUUUGUCAUUAUGGGGUAUUGUGUGUAGAUUGCUGAGGAUAUUUUUUUAUUUCAUUAUAGAAUUAGGCUGUAACAUAACAAUGUGGAAAAAGUCAAGUGGUCUGAAUACUUUCCGAGGGCACUGUCAGACCCCUUCCCAUUUCUCCCAUUUUGGUACAUUACAGCCUUCUUCUAAAAUUGAUGAGAUGUUUUUCCUCAUCAAUCUACACACAAUAUCCCAUAAUGACAAAGCCAAAACAGGUUUUUAGAAAGUCUUGCAAAUGUAAAAAAACAAACACAAAAAAAGAUAAUAAUUGCUUAUUUACGUAAGUUUUCAGACCCCUUGCUAUGCGAUGAUCCUUGAUUUUUCUACAACUUGCAGUCCACCUGUGGCAAAUUCAAUUGAUUGGACAUGAUUUGGACAGGCACACACCUGUCUAUGUAAGGUCCCACAGUUGCCAGUGAAUGUCAAAUUAAAAACCAAGCCAUGAGGUUGAAGGAAUUGUCUGUAGAGCUCCGAGACAGGAUUGUGUCGGCACAGAUCUGGGGACCGGUACCGAAACGUUUCUGCUGCAUUAAAUGUCCCCAAGAACACAGAGGCCUCCAUCAUUCUUCAAUGGAAGAAGUUUGGAACCACCAAGACUCUUCCUAGAGUUGGGCCACCCGGCCAAACUGAGCAAUCUGUGGGGAAGGGCCUUGGUCAGGGAGGUGGCCAAGAACCCGAUGGUUCUUCUCUGUCAGAGCUCCAGAGUUCCUCUAUGGAGAUGAGAGAAUCUUCCAGAAGGACAACCAUCUCUGCAGGACUCCACUAAUCAGGCCUUUAUGGUAGAGUGCCCAGACAGAAGCCACUCAUCAGUAAAAGGUACAUGACAGUCCGCUUGGAGUUUCUCAAAAGGCAUCUAAAGGAUUCUGAUCAUGAGAAACAAGAUUCUCUGGUCUGAUGAAACCAAGAUUGAACUCUUUGGCCUGAAUACUAAGUGUCAUGUCUGGAGCAAACCUGGCACCAUCCCUACAGUCAGAGCAGCAGCUCACAGAUUACUGUACCUGUACAUAGCCCACCUAUAAUUUAGCCCAAACAACUACCUCUUUCCCAACUGUAUUUAAUUUAUUUAUUUUGCUCCUUUGCACCCCAUUAUUUUUAUUUCUACUUUGCACAUUCUUCCAUUGCAAAACUACCAUUCCAGUGUUUUACUUGCUAUAUUGUAUUUACUUUGCCACCAUGACCUUUUUUGCCUUUACCUCCCUUCUCACCUCAUUUGCUCACAUUGUAUAUAGACUUGUUUAUACUGUAUUAUUGACUGUAUGUUUGUUUUACUCCAUGUGUAACUCUGUGUCGUUGUAUCUGUCGAACUGCAUUGCUUUAUCUUGGCCAGGUCGCAAUUGUAAAUGAGAACUUGUUCUCAACUUGCCUACCUGGUUAAAUUAAAGGUGAAAAAAAACACAAAAAAACAGUGAAGCAUAGUGGUGGCAGCAGCAUGCUGUGGGGAUAUUUUUCAGCGCCAGGGACUGGGUGACUAGUCAGGAUCAAGGGAUAGAUGAACGUAGCAAAGUAUCGAGAGAUCAUUGAUGAAAACCUACUUGAGAGCGCUCGGGACCUCAGACUGGGGUGAAGAUUCACCUUCCAACAGGACAACGACACGAAGCACACAGCCAAGACAACGUGGAAGUGGCUUCGGUACAAGUCUCUGAAUGUCAUUGAGUGGCCAAGCCAGAGCCUGGACCUGAACCCGAUUAAAACAUGUCUGGAGAGACCUGAAAAUAGUUUUGCAGAGACGCUCCCCAUCCAACCUGACAGAGCUUGAGAGGAUCUGCAGAGAAGAAUGGGAGAAACUCCCCAAAUACAAGUGUGCCAAGCUUGUAGCUUCAUACCCAACAAGACUCAAGGCUGUAAUUACUGCAAAAGGUGCUUCAACUAACUAUUGUGUAAAGGGUCUGCAUACUUACGUAAAUGUAAUGUUUCAGUUAUUUCUAAAAACCUGUUUUUGCUUUGUUAUAAUGGGGUAUUGUGUGUAGAGUGAUGAGAAAAACCCCCACAAUUUAAUCAAUUUUAGAAUAAAGCUGUAAUGUAACAAAUUGUGGAAAAAGUCAAGGGGUCUGAAUACUUUAUGAAUGCAUUGUAGAUGUUAUUUCAUGCUACUGAGACUUGUAUGGAUGACAACAGUAUUGUCAGCAUUUGUUUUAUUCACUGGGCUAUCUGGAGUGUUCAGAGUGUAGACUAAAGAAGUGGAGUAGACAAACUGCCAGUGUUUUAAAGUUAUAUGAAAUGAGUCUGUAUAGUUACUAACCCUGGUGAUGUUGAGUGGAGGAUGAUAUAGCUCAUCAUUUUCACGACUUUUUCCUCUUUUUAGUGUUUGACUCCUACCCAGUUUUAGAAUAGUUUUAUUCCCAUUCAGCCUACUGAAAUGAAUACAUACACUACCGUUGAAAAGUUUAGGGUCACUCGGGAUGUUAUUUUAAUGGUCAAAAACCUGAGAAAAAAAUCCAACCAGGAAGUGGGAAAUCUGAAUUUGGUCUAUAUUCAACUCCGCUCCUAUUGAAGAUACAGUGGGAUAUUGGUAAUGUUGCACUCCCUACGGCUUCCACUAGAUGUCAACAGUCUUUAGAACUUUGUCUGAUGCUUCUACUGUGAAGUGGGGCUGAAGGAGAGUGGAAUGAGUCAGAGGUCUGCCAGCAGCUGACCAUGCCCGUUCACAUGAGAGUAUGCACCAGUUCCAUUUACUUUUCUGAAGACAAAGGAAUUCUCCGGUUGGAACAUUAUUGAAGAAUUAUGUUAAAAACAUCCUAAAUAUUGAUUCAAUACAUCGUUUGACAUGUUUCUACUGACUGUUACGGAACUUUUUGAUAUUUUUUCUGCUGUUAGUGAACGCGCUUCAUGACUUUGGAUUUGUUUAACAAACGCGCUAACAAGAGUAACUAUUUGGACAUAAAUGAUGGACAUUACCGAACAAAACAAAUAUUUCUUGUGGGAGUCUUGGGAGUGCAUUCCGACGAAGAUCAGCAAAGGUAAGUGAAGAUUUAUAAUGCUAUUUAUUUUGUUGACUGCUUAAUAUGGCGGUUAUAUUUGUGCCUUGAUGGGCUCUGAGCUCCGACUCAGAUUAUUGCAUGGUUUAAUUUUUCCGUAAAGCUUUUUUGAAAUCUGACACAGCGGUUGCAUUAAGGAGAAGUGCAUCUAAAAUUUUGCAUAACAGUUGUAUCUUUUAGUAAUGUUUAUUAUGAGUAUUCCUGUAAAUUGAUGUGGCUCUCGUAAGUCGACACUGUAAACUCAGAUUUCUGGAUAUAAAUAGGAACUUUACCGAACAAAACAUGCAUGUAUUGUGGAACAUGAAGUCCUAUGAGUGUCAUCUGAUGAAGAUCAUUGAAGGUUAGUGAUUCAUUUGAUCUAUAUUUCUGCUUUUUGUGAAUCCUCUCUUUGGCUGGAUUAAUGGCUGUGUUAUUCUGUGAAUAGGCACUCACCUAGCAUAAUCGUUUGUUUUGCUUUCGGCGUAAAGCCUUUUUGAAAUCGUAGACUGUGGAUGGAUUUACAACAAGUGUAUCUUUAAAAUGGUGUAAAAUACAUGUAUGUUUAAUUAUGGGAUUUCUGUUGUUUUGAAUUUGGCACCCUGCAGUUUCACUGGCUGUUGAAGAGGUGGGAUGCUACCGUAUCACGUACGCGAGAGAGGUUAACUGCCUUGUUCAGGGGCAGAAUGACAGAUUUUUACCUUGUCAGCUCAGGGAUUUCAUCUUGCAACCUUUCGGUUGCUCUAACCACUAGGCUACCUGUCACCCGUUAUGGCCAGAAGUGGACUGGUCACCGCUCUGAGCCUGGUUCCUCUCCAGGUUUCUUCCUAGGUUCCUGCUUUCCAGGGAUUUUUUUGUGGCCACUGUGCUUCUACAUCUGCAUUGCUUGCUCUUUGGGGAUUUUAGGCUGGGUUUCUGUUAGGCACUUUAUGAAAACUACUGAUGUAAAAUGGGCUUCAUAAAAUACAUUUGAAUGACAUGUAUAUCACACCAACUGACUGGUUCUUUUGAUAUUCACACAGGAUACCACGUUGAGACAUUCUCUACACCCAGAGAGCAACAGCAGGAAAAUCAGAGAGCUAAGAGGUCUCAUCACUGCCCACAUUGUGAAGAGAUUUUCCCAUUUCUAUCAAAGCUAAAAAUACACCUAAAAAUACACACCGGAGAGAAGCCUUACUCCUGCUCUGAUUGUGGGGCGAGUUUCUCUCAUCUGGGCACCUUAAAAACACACCAACGUAUACACACAGGAGAGAAGCCUUACUCCUGCUCUGACUGUGGAAAAUGCUUCACAACAUCAACUGAUCUAAAAGUUCAUCAGAGAACACACACUGGAGAGAAGCCUUACUCCUGCUCUGACUGUGGAAAAUGCUUCACAACGUCAACUUAUCUAAAAGUUCAUCAGAGAACACACACUGGAGAGAAGCCUUAUUCCUGCUCUGACUGUGGAAAAAAAUUUAAAACAUCAAAAGAGCUAAAGGUUCACCAGAGAACACACACAGGAGUGAAGCCUUUCUUCUGCUCUGACUGUGGGGCGAGUUUCUCUCAUCUGGGCACCUUAAAAACACACCAACGUAUACACACAGGAGAGAAGCCUUACGUCUGCUCGGACUGUGGAACUAGUUUCUCUCAACUUUCCCACUUGAAAUCACAUGAACGUAAACACACAGGAGAGAAGCCUUACAUCUGCUCUGACUGUGGAAAAUGCUUCAAAACAUCAACUGAGCUAAAAGUUCACCAGCGAACACACACGGGAGAAAAGCCGUACUACUGCUCUGACUGUGGAACUAGUUUCUCUAAAUUUUCCCACUUAAAAACACAUGAACGUAUACAUACAGGAGAGAAGCCUUACGUCUGCUCUGACUGUGGGGCGAGUUUCUCUCAUCUGGGCACCUUAAAAACACACCAACUUAUACACACAGGAGAGAAGCCUUACGUCUGCUCUGACUGUGGAAAAUGCUUCACAACAUCAACUCAUCUAAAAGUUCAUCAGAGAACACACACAGGAGAGAAGCCAUAUUACUGCUCUGACUGUGGAACUAGUUUCUCUCAACUUUCCCACUUAAAAUCACAUGAACGUAUACACACAGGAGAGAAGCCCUAUUUCUGCUCUGACUGUGGAAAAUGUUUUAAAAUAUCAAAUGAGCUAAAAGUUCAUCAGAAAACACACACAUAAGAGAUGCCUGCUUACGUCUUCUCUGAUUAUUGGGUGAGUUUCUCUCACCAUAGCAACUUAACACACCAAUGUAGUCACACAGGGGAGAAGCCUUACUCUGUGGAGAGGUGGGCUUGUAAGUCAAACGUCUAGCCAAAUGCUGCGUGUUUGAAUCACAUCAGGGAGGACUUUAGCAUUUUAACUAAUAAGCAACUUUGCAACUUCUAUUAAUUUUUAGCUAUGUCAGCAGGUUAGCUAACCUUUCCACUAAACCCAUUUAACUCUACCUUAAACCCCUAACCUCGCAGCAACAAAUUGGAAUUCGUAACAUAUCGUACAUAUUACAAGUUUGUAACAUAUUGUAUGAAUAGCAAUGCGUAAAAUAACAUAUGAAUUGUAAUUCUUAACAUACGUCCUGCAAGUCGUAUUAUACUGAACAACAAUCUAAACGUAACAAUUUCAAAGAUUUACAGUAUGUAUAAGGAAAUCAGUCAAUUGAAAUAAAUGAGGCCCCAAUCUAUGGAUUUCACAUGACUGGGCAGGGGCUCAGGCAUAGGCCCACUUAGGAGCCAGGCCCAGCCAAUCAGCAUGAGUUUAUCCCCACAAAAGGUCUUUAUUACAGACAGAAAUACUACUCAGCCCCCUCCCAGACAAUCCUGCAGGUGAAGAGGUACUGGGCUGCCUUGGUUACAUGUGAUCUGCAGUUGUGAGGCCGGUUGGAUGUCCUGCCAAAUUCUCUAAAAGGACGUUAGUGGAGACUUAUGGUAGAGAUAUAAAUAUUUCUCUGGCAACAGCUCUGGUGGACAUUCCUGCAUUCAUUAUGACAAUUGCACAUACCCUGAACUUGAGACAUCUGUGACAUUGUGUUGUGUGGCCUUUUAUUGUCCCCCAGCACAAGGUGCACCUGUGUAAUGAUAAUGCUGUUUUAUCAGCAUAUUGAUAUGCCACACCUGUCAGUUGGAUGGAUUAUCUUGACAAAGGCUGAAAUGCUCACGAACAGGGAUAUAAACAAAGUUGUUCACAACAUUUGAGAGAAAUAAACCUUUUCUGCACAUGGAACAUUGCUGAAGUGUUUUAAUUGAGCUCAUGAAACCAACACUUUACCUGUUUAGUUUAUAUUUUAGUUCAGUUUACAUUGGUAUAAUGUAACUUAACAUACUAAAUGGAGUGUCACGGAUGUUUUUGUAAUACAUACUACAUUUUGCUCAGAGACCAGGUUGUCCUUCGGCAGUAUUUUGUGAGAAUGAGCUCGUAGACACAAAUUUAAAAAAUGUGUUGAACCUUUAUUUAACUAGGCAAGUCGUUAAGAACAAAUUCUUAUUUACAAUGAUGGCCUAGGAACAGUGGGUUAACUGCCUUGUUCAGGGUCAGAACAACAGAUUUUUACCUUGUCAGCUCGGGGAUUAGAUCAAGCAACCUUACAUUAGAAGUGCCAAUCCAAGAAGGCUCAAGGUCAUUGUCCACAGAUAAAAUUUCAAAUCAUGUGAUAUCUACAGACGCCUUGAUUGGACUAAUCAUGUCAACGUCACACUUUCAACAUAUGAGCUUGCAGUCAUCAUCAUGUUUCAAGUCAAAUCUACUGGCAAAUCCUUUUUUCAAAUCAUGAGUGGUUUGGAAGGAAUCAGUGGCUAACUGCAAGCAUUGCAAAGCAAUCAUCAGCCUGCUAUUCAGUGGAGUGGCUGUGUGGUCCCAAGUCUAAGAUUAAGGGGCUCUUUUCCUCAUUUAAAAUUGUAAACAUUCAACAUUAGCCAUGCUGUCAAUAAAGCUUGAUUUGUGCUGCACUCAAAUCAACUUAACUCGAUACUGCAAAACCUGACUUGUGUGAGUUCAAACCAACUGGGAACUUGGGGAAAAACAAGCUAUGACUGAGAAAAUAUGUUUUGAACUUUCAUCCAACUCAGAAUUGUAAAUUGGGAACUCGGGCCUCUUUCUACAUCUACGACCUGAAGAUCACUGACGUCAUCAUGAUUCCUUUUUUUUCUUCUUCGAGUUCCCAGUUGUCUUGAAAGCACCAUAAAUCCAGAGAAUGACAGACUUUGUUGACGAAGUUUGAUGACAAAAUAUGCCGACAAAUUACUGCCACGCCACCUUCCUGUUCAAGUGAGCACAGCACAACAAGGUGAGUCCAAAAAAUGUCUUGUAUGCUGCUGCAUAAAUUAUGUAAUAUGCCAGGGAGAUGUGUAUACUGUAGCUAAGAAAGUAAUACUAAGUGUAUGUUGUGAGGUAAGAUGUUAGUUGCUCAUGUGCCUCACCCUAAUAAUUUUAUUUAGUUUCACAUCUUAAUUUUGCCUACUGUUCUGACUUGGUGGUUCACAUGUAGCCUAUAACCUGUUUUUGAGAAAUGUAAUCAUUGUCUGCAUGUAUGCCCCUUUAUUUAUCCUACGGUUCUGACUUGGCAUACAGGGAGAACACUGUAAGAACGGCCCAUGUUCUGAAUUAUGUUGCUGUACAUUUCCAAAGUGCUGAACAAAUCGUUACAUUGACUACGUCCGUCCUAGCUCACUCAUUAAUGUCUUAAUCGAAAUUAGGGACUGCCUCUUAUUGUCCCCUUAUGCCAUAGUUUGUACAUCUCAAUUGUCAGUAGAAACCACAAUUGUUUUAGUAAGUCAGCCAUGUUAUUUUAAAAGGCAGUAAGUGAGGCUGAAUUAACUGUUUCGUUGCCAGACAAGGCUCUGCUGAUAGCCAGGUGAAGCAGUGGUAAGUUGUUGAGUUUGAAGGCACAAGCAGGGAGCCCAGCCAACAUAGAAUUGAGAAAUGUUUUGGUACUCUUCCCCAGAUCUGUGCCUCACCACAAAUCUGUCUCGGAGCUCGACGGAAACUUUCUUCGACCUCAUUGCUUGGUUUUUGGGACCUUAAAAAGACGGGUGUGAUACAUUUGAAUUUGCCACAGGUGGACUCCAAGUUGUAGAAACAUCUCAAGGAUGAUCAAUGGAAACGGGAUGCACUUGAGCUGAAUUUUGAGUAUCAGAGGAAAGGGUCUGUGUCACAAAUAUUAUCGAAGGUGGCUCCCCUUCUUGUUCGGGUGGCGGUCGCCGGUCUACUAGCUGCCACCGAUCCUUUGUCCCGUGUUCGUUUGGUUUUGUCUAAUUGGUUUCACCUGUUCAUUGUUUGGUUGUUAGGGUGCUGGUUAUUUAAGUUUGUUUAGCCCGCUUCUGUUUGUGCGGGCUUGUUCUUCUGUAUUUGUGAGAGGUGUUUGUGUUUUGUUGGGUUUUCUCGCUGUCCUGGUAUUUUA